ACCGUGUGUGCUCGCGGUCCUCAGAGAGCCUCUCGAACUUAUCGCCUGGAAAUCGCGGUCCUGCCGCCCGGGGAAGGAUCGCGUCCCUUGGUAGAAGAAAGCUUACUGCUCGGAGGCUCCUUUUUGUUUUUAAAAUGCAGUCUUGAAAACGUGCUGCCGAGGUCUAGUAAGGAUGGAUGCUCGCUAUUUCUAACGUGUGGCUAAUGGAUGAAAGGAACGCAGACAUUAGCCUGUUUUAGGAGCGUUAAAAGUGGCGAGUGCAGCAGCGAGCUGUGCGCGUUGCAGUACAGAAGCCUGUUGAAUGCACCACUGAGCCUUAAGGGGCUCUUCUGUCAGAAACAGGAACCCUCAGGACCUUGCAAUAUGAAUAAUUCUCUGGAGAACACCAUUUCCUUUGAAGAAUACAUCCGCGUGAAGGCGCGAACGAUCCCCCAGCACAGGAUGAAGGAGUUUCUGGACUCCCUUGCUUCCAAGGGGCCGGAAGCCCUGCAGGAGUUUCAGCAGACCGCCACCACCACCAUGGUGUAUCAGCAGGGUGGCAACUGCAUUUACACGGACAGCACAGAGGUGGCUGGGUCUUUGCUCGAACUCGCUUGCCCUGUGACAACCAGUGUCCAGCAGCAAACUCAGCAAGAGCAGCAGAUACAGGUUCAGCAACCCCAGCAAGUCCAGGUCCAGGUCCAGGUGCAGCAGUCACCGCAGCAGGUCUCCGCCCAGCAGCUCUCUCCGCAGCUCACUGUCCACCAAGCUUCGGAGCAGCCGAUACAGGUCCAGGUGCAGAUCCAAGGGCAGGGGCAGCAGCAGGCGUCCCAGACAAUACAGAGCCAGUCUCUUCAGAGCCCCAGCCCGUCUCAGCUGCAGGCGGCUCAGAUCCAAGUGCAGCACAUGCAGACUGCCCAGCAGAUCCAGGCUGCCGAGAUCCAGGAGGAGCACAUACAGCACCAGCAGAUCCAGGCCCAGCUCGUGGCCGGACAGGCCAUUACUGGUGGCCAGCAGAUCCAGAUCCAGACGGUCGGGGCGCUCUCACCUCCUCCUUCUCAGCAAGGCUCUCCGCGAGAGGGAGAGCGGCGGAUCAGCACGGCCAGCGUCCUUCAGCCGGUGAAGAAACGCAAAGUGGAUAUGCCUAUUACUGUAUCGUAUGCUAUUUCAGGGCAGCCAGUUGCCACAGUGCUGGCCAUUCCUCAGGGCCAGCAACAAAGUUACGUCUCGUUACGGCCAGACUUAUUAACGGUGGACAGUGCCCACCUGUACAGUGCCACUGGGACCAUUACUAGCCCCACUGGAGAGACUUGGACCAUCCCCGUUUAUUCUGCUCAGCCGCGUGGUGACCUUCAGCAGCAAAACAUCACCCACAUCGCCAUCCCGCAGGAGGCCUACAACGCUGUCCACGUCAGCGGCUCGCCGACGACCCUGGCUACCGUGAAGCUGGAAGACGACAAGGAUAAGAUGGUGGGAAGUACUUCAGUAGUGAAGAACUCUCACGAGGAAGUGGUGCAGACUCUUGCUAAUUCGCUCUUUCCAGCGCAGUUUAUGAAUGGCAACAUCCACAUUCCAGUGGCAGUGCAGGCUGUGGCAGGGACGUACCAGAACACAGCACAGACAGUGCACAUAUGGGACCCCCAGCAGCAACAGCAGCAGCCCACACCGCAGGAGCAGGGGCAGCAGCAGCAGCAGCUACAAGUCACUUGCUCAGCUCAAACCGUUCAGGUUGCUGAAGUUGAACCACAGCCGCAGCCACAGACUUCACCUGAACUUCUACUUCCAAACUCUCUGAAGCCAGAAGAAGGGCUUGAAGUGUGGAAAAGCUGGGCACAGACCAAGAAUGCAGAGCUGGAAAAAGAAGCCCAAAAUAGGCUAGCACCUAUUGGAAGGCGUCAGCUGCUGAGGUUCCAGGAAGAUCUCAUCUCUUCAGCUGUGGCUGAGCUGAAUUAUGGUCUAUGCUUAAUGACACGAGAAGCUCGGAAUGGUGAUGGUGAACCCUAUGAUCCAGAUGUGCUCUAUUAUAUCUUCCUGUGUAUUCAGAAGUAUCUCUUUGAAAAUGGUCGAGUAGAUGACAUCUUCUCAGAUCUCUACUAUAUUCGGUUCACUGAAUGGCUGCAUGAAGUUCUCAAGGACGUACAACCUCGUGUUUCCCCUCUUGGUUACGUCCUCUCCAGUCACGUAACAGAAGAGAUGCUGUGGGAGUGUAAGCAGCUGGGAGCUCACUCCCCUUCCACCUUGCUCACUACACUGAUGUUUUUCAAUACAAAAUACUUCCUGUUGAAAACAGUAGACCAGCACAUGAAGCUGGCCUUCUCCAAGGUGUUGAGGCAGACUAAGAAGAACCCUUCUAAUCCCAAGGACAAAAGCACGAGUAUCCGCUAUCUGAAGGCUUUUGGCGUACACCAGACGGGCCAGAAAGUUACAGAUGACAUGUAUGCGGAGCAGACUGAGAAUCCAGAGAACCCCCUGAGGUGUCCGAUAAAGCUGUAUGACUUCUACCUCUUCAAAUGCCCCCAGAGUGUGAAAGGCCGGAAUGACACGUUUUACUUGACUCCGGAGCCAGUGGUGGCCCCCAACAGCCCGAUCUGGUAUUCCAUCCAGCCGAUCAGCAGAGAGCAGAUGGAGCAGAUGCUCACCCGGAUCCUGGUGAUACGAGAGAUUCAGGAAGCUCUUGCCGUGGCUAAUGCCAGCACCAUGCACUAAGGCAUCCUUCUUGGCUCGGAAGGGGUGGGGUGGGGUGACGGGGGAGGGACAAGCAAAGAUAAAUUGUACAGACUUUUACACUAAAGGAGAUGCCUAAGUUUUUGGUUUUUUAUUGGUGUAGUUAUGAAGCCCUUUUAGGCUUCUUCUCUUUAAAAGAAUCUAAAGGAAAACCUACCCAUUGUGUAUCCUACCCAACACAUCAAACUGUUGGAACCAUUGGAGGCUGCAUAUCCCCUGCAAGCUGGGAGCUGUGGAAAGCUGCUGGUUGACUCUGUUUUUUUUUAUGAUGUAGAAAAUAUGAACUACAGAAUUGGCCUGGAUGACUGGGGCCUCUGUCUCCUUGGAGCACGUGCAGCCUAGAGGGCACAGAAUGAUGGAUGGACCUGCUCAGCCAGUGGAAGAGAGGCAGGCAUCUUCUUUUCUUGUGCUUGGACGUUAAUUUGCUGUUAUCUUGGAAGGAAGAGGAGAGAGUGAACUACAAUUGUCAUUUAUACAAAGAAAAAAAAAAAACAAACAACGAUUUCUAUUCAGACCUUUAAGUGACAUUUUUAGAUGUUAAAAGUACAAACUUUACCACACUCUUCUUUUUUGGCCUAACGUUGAGGCCUUAAACCUUGAGGCUCCUGUGCCUGAUGGAAUUCUUGUAACAUACACUUGUGUAUCAUAUAAAGAUACCACCCUGUUUCUCUUAUGUAUUCUUACUCUAGUUGUUUAUUAAGAAUGACGAGCACGUCUUUUCAA